UAGCACCAUGAUCACCUUCCACCGAGUGGUAGCCGUCUCAGCGUUGCUUCUCCUGCUGGUGGCGACCAUCGUAUGCCAAUGCAGAGGGGACGCGAUUCUCCGGUCUGCUGAGAAACUUGCUGUGCCUAUCAAUGAGUUCUACUGCUCUAAUUUGACGAGAGGCCAGACGUGGGUAGAUUGGAAGACAAGAAUGGUAGAAUUGCCAAAGCAGCAUAUUGAUAGUCCAGACACAAAUAUUGUCAUUGACUAUUUCGUAAGAUGGCCAUGGUACCUCAAAGGCAUACGUCUAACGGUGUGCAACUCCGUCGGGCACAGGCCCAGGCUCAGCUGGCCACCGCUGGGCUAUACUCCUGUGACAUCCAGCUGUUCCACCGAGGACUCCCAAGGUGCCCUGUGGGGCUGGAGAUCUUCAUGGUGCAAUAUCAGAGCUGGUGGCCUUGGUCAUAAAACACGAGUGGGUAAGGCCUGAGUGCAUGCCGAUAUUGGGCGUGUACUCGUGUAGCGGGCAUAGAGGAAUAAGUAAGGGAAGAGUUGUAAUCAGUAAAUGCGGGUUAUUUGUAUAGGCAUAGCUAAGUGACAUC